AGCUGGGGGAACUGAAAUAAACGAGCGAUGGAUAGCGCAUGGGCAUCAUUAGCAUGGAGGCCCCAGAGAGCUAGAGAAAGCGGGAAAAUCUCGUGAGAUCAGGGAAGCCGGGGGAGUGACGAGGGAGAUUCUCGCGACAAUUGGCUUUAGUGUUUGGAGGAUGAGGGAAGUGAGGAAGCUCUCGCGAGACUUAAAUGAACCUGAGGUAGCGGCGGCGGCUCCAGCAGCCCUGGGAGGGAGUAGAGGACUUCGUCCUCCCCAACCUGUGGCUGCUGCUGCUACCAUGCGUCCUGAGGCCUUCCCAUUCCCUGUGCUAAUGGCUACCGUCCUAUGGGGGAUCACCCCCACUUGGGGGCUCAUCCGAGCCACCUCUGACCACAACACCAGCAUGGACUUUGCAGACCUUCCUGCCCUUUUUGGGGCUUCCCUGAGCCAAGAAGGGCUCCAGGGGUUCCUAGUGGAGGCUCAUCCUGCCAAUGCCUGUAGUCCUAUAAAUCCUCCACCUCUUGCUCCUGCCAAUGGUUCUGCCUUUAUUGCCCUGCUUCGGAGAUUUGACUGCAACUUUGAUCUCAAGGUUCUAAAUGCCCAGAAGGCUGGGUACAGGGCAGCUGUGGUCUACAAUGUGAAUUCCAAUGAACUUUUGAAUAUGGUGUGGAAUAGUGAGGAAAUUCAGCAGCAGAUCUGGAUCCCAUCAGUGUUUGUGGGAGAGACAAGCUCAGAGUACCUGCGCUCCCUCUUUGUCUACGACAAGGGGGCCCGAGUCUUGCUGGUCCCAGACAACACCUUCCCUCUAGGCUAUUACCUCAUUCCCUUCACUGGGGUUGUGGGCCUGCUGGUUCUGGCCAUGGGGGCUGUGCUGGUAGUUCGAUGUAUACAGCACCGGAAGCGGCUCCAAAGGAACCGACUGAGCAAAGAACAGCUGAAACAGAUUCCCACCCAUAACUAUCAGAAGGGUGAUGAAUAUGAUGUAUGUGCCAUCUGCCUGGAAGACUAUGAGGAUGGGGACAAGCUGAGGAUACUACCAUGUGCUCAUGCCUAUCAUAGCCACUGUGUGGAUCUCUGGCUCACCCAAACCCGGAAGACUUGUCCAAUCUGCAAACAGCCAGUUCACCAAGAACCUGGGGAAGAAGAGGAAGAGCAGGAAGCAGAGGAGGAUGGGGACAAUGGAAAUCCAGUCUCUGAACGGACCCCCCUUUUAGGCCCCUCUAGCACCCUCCCACCCUCCUUUGGUACCCUCUCCUCUACCCUUCCAGAAGAACCUUCUACCUCCCCAUCCACCUCGGCUCUUCUUGUCUGACCUGAAUUUGCACCUUCCUUCUUUGAGGAUUUCCUGGGGUAGGGCCAGGCCCUUCCCCUUCUACAUCUAAAGAUUUUCAUUGUUGGGUUAAUAAAAUUGUUUGUUUCUGGA